AUGACCAUUGAUUCCCAUCCUGUCUCUUGUCUGCUCAGCUAUCAUAUUCGCAACGUCAACAACUGUCUAUACCAUCACCUGCCUUUGCUAUUUCCCUCUUCUCGCUCUCAGGGGUUGAAUAAGCAACGAAUAGGUAGUAUUGACAUGUUAUACCGUACAGUAGAUUAUCUUCCUCGCUCGUUUGGAGCUGCUGCUAUCAAUACGGCUACGGCCAUGGCACUACCACUACAAGCCACCUUCUAUGUCCCUUCCUCCUCCUUGUUUGUGAUUCCACUGCGAGUGAAGGAAAUGCUGGUUGCUGACGUCUUCCAUUACGAUGCCCGUCUGAACUUUGUACAUUGGAAAGACACCAGAGACCCAUCAUUGCUCAACUGGAAACGUACUCCUACCACCGUCUUCAAGGCACUCGCCUCUGGUAAGUUGCAGUUUCAGCCAUACUUUGUGCCAGUAUGUAGCCCUGCUCCCUUGAGAGAUUCUACUGUGUCCUUUGCCCCUCUCGUCCGACAACUUCGACUCCAAGGCGGCCAAGCUUUGAGUUCUACAAAGGCUUUUGCCAAAAUAUUUCGUAAGUCUGUCCUCGCAUCAGUUCUCCCCCCCCCCCUCUGGCCUUGCGUAAUAUCUCUGCCACCAGUUGGAAGUUUUUUUGGUCCCUAUCACUUACAUAUAUCCAAUGUAAUGUGA